UGAACCAUGAGAGAGAACCUCGCUAGUGUGUCAUUCCAAAGCAUGGCGUUCACUGACUGUAUGAAACCCACUGACCUGCCCACAGAGAAGAAGGGGAUAAAGAGGAAAAACUGGAGGAACAGAAUAGGAUUCCUCUUGAAGACAAACACUUCCCAGUCGUUAUUAGAUCUAAUGAAAAACAGAUCUUACAGGCCAACUGCUGAUGACGUGCACCAAUGGGCGCAGUCACUUGACAAGCUAAUCAGCCAUAAAUACGGGAAAACUGUGUUCUGUAUUUUUCUGAAGUCUGAGUUCUGCGAAGAGAAUCUUGAGUUUUGGACAGCCUGUGAGGAUUUCAGGAACAUCACAUCGCACAAAGAGCUGGCGUCCAAGGCCAACAGUAUUUACGAGGAGUUCAUUAAAAGUGAAGCUCCCAAAGAGAUAAACCUGGAUUUCCACACAAAAAAUGCCAUCGUCCAGACUCUCCAUGAGCCAACUGUGACCAGCUUCCUGGCAGCUCAGAAGAAAGUCUACAGCCUGAUGGAGAACAACUCCUACCCGAGAUUUAUCUACUCCGACCUCUACAAAGAACUGUGUGCUGCUGCCAGCGGAGAGGGAAAGCACAUUAAGUCCUAGUCAAACUAGACACCCACUCCUGAAGUCAUUUGUUUACCGCUGUGACAGUGUGAAUAGACCGCUGAUGAUGUUCAUUCCGGGCAACGCCUCGGAAUAAUGGACCCAGACGCAAAUCCAUAGCAUUAACAAUAACGUUAAGUGCGGGAAAUGCAAAAGUGAAGCCAUUUUUUACUCCGUCCUGCUGAGAGCUGAUUAGGAUGCGACAUGCUGCUCUAGGCAGUGCACAGAGCACUUCUACCAGAAGGGAUUAUUGUUACAUUUUCCUCACUGGGCCAUCACCUUUCUUUAAAUCACGCUAUUAGAAUUUUGGGCAAUGAUGCGUUCAAGAAAAUGCUGUUAAGUGCAACUGCAUUCAAAGCUGAGAUGACUGUAAAAACACUUUACACUUAACUCUCUCUCACCGACAAUAUGGUUAGAAUGUAUUUCUGUGUUGAUAUCCACUUGAAGACUUUGCACAGCUGUCAUAUAAACAGGACCCUCUGUGUGACCCUAGUUUUAACUGCCAUGUUGCUCUACUGGAUUUGCUUGGAUCUGUUUGCACAAAAAGUGGAAUUCUAACUUAUAUAAUAAUGUGCACAUGUUCCACCAAAGAUUGUAUAUGGCCUGAAAAUACUGUGACAAUGUUAUGUAUUGUAAAUAUUGCACAUACUGAAUGUGAAUUUAAGUUAGCAGGCAGCUGGACUGCUCAAGAAAUAAAAUA